UAAAUAAAGGAGGCAGGUCGUCUCUCAACUUCAUUUCAAUAAAGGAGGUUAAACCCCAUUUUUCCUCCUCCUUCCUCCUGAACCCCCUUCAUCGGCCGCCAUGACUGUGCUUGAGCAAAUUCUCGAAGCUUCGAACCACCAACAAUCCAUUGACGAACCUCUCAAUUACCCCUUCAAUCUCAGCGCUGAUACCAUCAUCCCUAAUCUCAAACCUAGCUCUGAAAACCCUCUUUCUCUUUUGCAGCCAUUAUCUGGAUUCGAAAUCUCUCAACCUGAUGUCAAGCUUAUCGAAUUAACUUCCACUUUCUUCAAGAAACUCAAGCGUAAGAUCAAAUCUCCUCAAUCUCUUUCCUCUGCUUCAUUUGUUAAAUUGCUUACUUCUUUUCUUGAACAAGUUGGGGUUAUUAAAUUUGGAGGUUUAGAUGGUUUGGUUUCGAAGAAGGAUAGUGAUGGAAAUGUUGAAGGGUAUUGUUGUAAAUUGGUUGAAAAGCUUGGGUCGUUUGUUGGGAGGGAUGUAAUGGGGUUGGUGAUUGAGGGUUGUUUGAUUCUGGGUAAUUGGAUGAUUUUGGAAACAUUAAUCAUCAACAAGUUUAUCGUUGAUCACGGGGUUCGGUCGGAUUUGUUGUAUAAUCUGGUUACGAAGGGACGGUCUGAAUUGGUAUGUUUGUGUUUAAGGUAUUUUGAUGAUUUAGAGUCUGCUGAUUUAGGUAGGGCUUUGAAGUGCUUUCUUUCGCCGUCGAAAGAAGGGUGUUUGAACAUGGUUAGUGUUAUGAGUGAGUGGGAGAGUGAGGCUACUGCUGCUAUUGAGAAAGUGGGUGAUAAGAAGUCGAGUGGGAAGAAAUUGGGGUUGGCAAAGGAUGCUGCAUUGCUACUUAUGGUUGCCUAUGAUCAGUUUUCACAGGCCGAGUUGUGUUUGCACUUUUUGUUGUCAUCGUCAAAUGUUGAUGAAGUGGUGUUUUCGAGUGCAUUGAGUAAGCUUAAUGCUGAGGAAAUGUUGAAUUUUGUUAGGUAUUUAGGGAAGUGGUUGCACAAGUAUGAGAGGUUUCCUCAUGUUGGUCCGUGUCCUAAGGCCGCUACUACAUUGGGAUUGAACUUGUGUCAAUGGGUGCCAAGGGUUGAAGAUGUUGUGAAGGCGUUUGGUUUGGUUGUCGAUGAGCACUUCUCUUCAUUGGCUUUGCAUUCGGAGUUUCAUGAGGUGCUGAAAGCAGUUGAAGGGGUAGUGAGUUCUUUGGUUUCUGAAGGGAGAUUUUGUUGCUCUGUGGCAAAUGUGAUUGAGGUUUUGAAACCAGAAGUUGGAGGUGCAUAACGUGGAUGUUCCUUCUUUUGUAAUAGCUUAUGUUUAGAAAAGAAUGUCAAUUUUGAUGUUUUAAACCGAUGCAAUAUCAAUAGAACCUAGUGUUAGAUAUCAGCUGAAAUUGUCUGGUAUUAUAUCUGAUGAAUCCCUGAUAGUGUUGGAACUUAAAAGUAAUUUUUUCAGUUUACUCUUCCUUUGCAAUGUAUGAUACUCUGCUUAUUUUUGAAUUUUGUCAUCUAUGCUAAGCCAACUAAGUUCACGGGGUUUUGUAGCAA